GUGGGUACGUGUGCGCGCGCUCGCACGUGCUUGAAUGUGUGUGUGUGUGUGUGUGUGUGUGUGUGAGGUAGGAGGGGUGGAUGGAAGCAGAGAAGGCGGAUGAAGAUAAGACUCUCUUACACACACAUUGACUGGCCUUGAGAGCAGAUCAGACGUUCGCUCACGGAGCUAUUCUGGUAUUUUGGAAUUGUUCCGUACGAUGAUGUCCGCCGUGUUCGCGGACACCGCCCCUCCGAGCGGGCGCGCGCCUGAGCUGUCAAUCACGUCACGCCGGGUUUGGUACAUGUGAGCGAGGCAUCGAUUGCAUGGCGCGCGGGCCAGGGCGGAUCUGCACACGGGGAGAAACGACGCCGGUCAACGAGGAUGAAAGGUCGCCACGUAUCGCAUCAUUUCGUUUACUCUGAAUAGAACCGACAGUUCGGGUCGCCCCUACAUCCAGCGGAGCAGAGAUGAUGUGCGAGGUGAUGCCGACCAUCAGCGAGGGGGACUCGGCCGGUCCCCCGAGAGGAGCCGGCAGCGUCCUGAAUGGCUCCGAGCAGGAGGCCAACUUCGAGCAGCUGAUGGUCAACAUGCUAGACGAGAGGGACAAGCUACUCGAGUCCCUCAGGGAGACCCAGGAGACCCUCAUCCUGUCGCAGACCAAACUGCAGGGGGCGCUGCACGAGAGGGACGUGCUGCAGCGUCAGAUCAACGCAGCCCUGCCUCAGGAGUUUGCCACCCUUACCAAGGAGCUGAACAUAUGCCGAGAGCAGCUGCUGGAGAAAGAGGAGGAAAUAUCAGAGCUGAAAGCUGAAAGGAACAACACCAGGUUGCUUUUGGAGCACCUGGAGUGUUUGGUGGCUCGUCACGAACGCAGUCUCAGGAUGACAGUUGUGAAGAGGCAAGCCCCCCCACCAUCUGGAGUCUCCAGUGAGGUUGAGGUCCUCAAAGCCCUCAAGUCGUUGUUUGAACAUCACAAGGCUCUGGAUGAAAAGCAGACGCCAGCAUCGCAUGAUGGCCAGGUGCGUGAGAGGCUUCGCGUGGCUCUGGAGAGGGUGUCCACACUGGAGGGACAGUUAUCAGCUACCACACAAGAGCUGAGCAUGGUGAAACAAAGGAAGGAUGGUGACUCAGCAGAUCGGACAGAUGGAUCCAAACCUCCAUGGAAGAGACUACCAAAUGGCUCCAUAGACGUUCAUGAUGAUGGCAGCCGUGUGUCUGAGCUUCAAGAGCUGCUGGACAGGACCAGUAAAGAGCUGGCCCAAACCCGCGAGCACUCUGCCUCUCUUAAUGGUCGUGUGGCCGAGCUGGAGGCCGAGCUCGCCAGCGCACGGCGAGAGCUGAGUCGCAGCGAGGAGCUGUCAAUCAAACAGCACCGAGAGCAGAGAGAGAGAGAAGACAUGGAGGAAAGAAUAACAACGUUGGAAAAACGUUACCUUGCUGCACAGCGAGAAACGACACACAUUCACGACCUCAAUGACAAGCUGGAGAACGAACUGGCCACCAAGGACUCACUGCACAGACAGAGUGAGGAGAAGGUGCGCCAGCUACAGGAGAUGCUGGAGAUGGCAGAGCAGAGGUUGGCUCAAACCAUGAGGAAGGCUGAGACACUGCCAGAGGUGGAGGCUGAGCUGGCACAGCGAGUGGCAGCACUGUCCAAGGCUGAGGAGCGGCAUGGCAACGUGGAGGAGCGGCUCAGACAGCUGGAGUCACAACUGGAGGAGAAAAACCAAGAACUAGGAAGGGCUCGUCAGCGGGAGAAGAUGAAUGAAGAACACAACAAGCGUUUAUCCGACACCGUGGACCGCCUCCUCACAGAGUCCAAUGAACGGCUGCAGCUCCAUUUGAAAGAACGCAUGGCUGCACUGGAGGACAAGAACUCUCUUAUCCAAGAUCUUGAGAACUGUCAGAAACAGCUGGAAGAAUUCCACCACACACGGGAACGUCUGAUUGGCGAGAUUGAGAAACUGAGGAACGAGAUUGACCAUUUGAAACGGCGCAGUGGGGCAUUUGGAGAUGGAAGUUCAAGUCACCCUCGGUCUCAUUUGGGCAGUGCAAGCGACCUUCGCUUCUCUGUGGUGGAGGGCCAAGAUGGCCACUACAGUACAGCUGUGAUCAGGCGGGCACAAAAGGGCAGACUCUCAGCACUACGAGAUGAUCCCAACAAGGUUUGCGGCGUGUUUGAACAGGACUACCCUUCGUUGCGAGGGAGCGUCAGCCACCUCCUCGGCAGCGACAUCGAGGCCGAGUCCGACCUGGAUGACGACGUUAGCUCGGCCAUGCUCUCACCAAGCGGACAAUCGGACGCUCAGACUCUCGCUCUGAUGCUGCAGGAGCAGCUUGACGCUAUCAAUGAAGAGAUAAGGAUGAUCCAGGUGGAGCGAGAGUCAGCUGACCUGCGCUCGGACGAGAUCGAGUCCCGUAUGAACAGCGGCAGCAUGGAUGGCCUCAAUGUGACGCUUCGACCACGGGCACUACCCACGUCGGCCACGGCCCAGUCUUUGGCGUCAUCCUCGUCGCCGCCCACCAGCGGCCACUCAACGCCGAAACACCAUGCACGCAACACCAGCCACCAUCUUGGCAUCAUGACUCUGCCAAGUGACUUGAGGAAACACCGGAGGAAAGUUGCAUCACCAGUGGAGGUGGAUAAGGCAACGAUCAAGUGUGAGACGUCGCCUCCUUCCUCGCCGCGCAGUUUACGUCUGGAAACCAAUUUUACUCAGUUCACAGGCAGUCUGGAGGAUGGACGAGGCAAGCCGAAGAAAGGUAUCAAGUCAUCUAUUGGCCGGUUAUUUGGGAAGAAAGAGAAGGGGGGUCGAAUGGAGCAGACCAGGGAUUUUGCCAGGGAUGGACAACCCCUACCAGCAUUAACAGACUUUGACAUGGCUGUUGGAGACACUAUGACUCUGGGAAAACUGGGCACCCAGGCAGAGAGGGAUCGCAGGAUGAAGAAAAAACAUGAGCUCCUGGAAGAUGCCAGGAAAAGAGGUUUACCGUUUGCCCAGUGGGACGGCCCAACUGUUGUCUCCUGGCUAGAGCUGUGGGUGGGCAUGCCAGCUUGGUAUGUGGCAGCGUGUCGCGCGAACGUGAAGAGUGGAGCCAUCAUGUCCGCCCUAUCGGACACGGAGAUCCAGAGGGAGAUCGGCAUCAGUAACCCGCUGCAUCGACUCAAACUGCGCUUGGCCAUCCAGGAGAUGGUCUCACUCACCAGCCCCUCCGCACCUCUGACCUCCAGAACGUCCUCCGGAAAUGUGUGGGUGACUCAUGAAGAGAUGGAGAACCUGGCUUCAUCCACCAAAGCGGCGAAUGAGGAGGGCAGCUGGGCGCAGACGCUGGCAUAUGGAGACAUGAAUCACGAGUGGAUAGGGAACGAGUGGUUGCCAAGCCUCGGCCUGCCUCAGUACCGCUCCUAUUUCAUGGAGUGUCUAGUGGACGCGCGCAUGCUGGACCACCUGACCAAGAAAGACCUGAGGAGCCACCUCAAGAUGGUGGACAGCUUCCACAGGGCGAGUCUGCAGUAUGGGAUCAUGUGCUUGAAAAGACUCAAUUAUGACAGGAAAGAAUUGGAGCGCCGGAGAGAGGACAGCCAACACGACAUGAAGGAUGUGUUGGUGUGGACCAAUGAACAAGUGAUCCACUGGGUCCAGUCCAUUGGUUUGAGGGAAUACAGCGGCAACCUGUUGGAGAGCGGCAUUCACGGGGCGCUCGUCUCCCUGGACGAGACGUUCGACUACAGCAACCUGGCCCUCAUCCUGCAGAUUCCCAUGCAGAACACACAGGCCCGGCAGGUUCUGGACAGGGAAUUCAACAACCUUUUAGCCUUGGGGACCGACCGACGACUCGAGGAGAGCGGAGACGACAAGUCUUUUCGCCGCUCUCCGUCAUGGCGCAAGAGGUUUCGGGCCCGAGAGGGGGUGGCGGGGCUGGGGAUGAUGGCGGGCUCCAUGGAAACGCUGCCCACUGGCUUCCGCAUGCCCUCCAUGUCCAUCCCGCCCUCCAUGAAUCUCAUGCCCAAGAAGCAGCUCCAGCCCGAAGCUCCGCCCCCGGCGUCCCCGAGGCUUGACCCCUCUACAGUGCGGACCUACUCGUGCUAACUCACUUUGGCUUACUAACAGGAACCCUGAUGCUAACAGUGCAUUGUCAUUACCUGUAUGGACACAUGCUUGUGGCCUUUUGAGAGUGUUAUGCCUAAUUUGAAGAGAGUGCUACCAGGGUGCCAGUGGGUAGGGGCGUCUCUCCUCUGACGGCCAGCCCCACCUUGCACCUUUCACAUCCCACUUCGGACACGUGCAAUACCGAGGCUGAGUCUAACCCUCGAACUCUUGAGAGCGGCCGUGAGCUGCUCUCGCUGCUGUAAAGGAGACUUGCCUCUGGUCUCUCCCAGUUGAACCCAGUGCUCCCAGUAUCCUUGUCAUCGUGGUUUUUGUUCUCCCUGAAUCUCAGCUGUGGGUCAUCAUCCCCCCCCUUCAUAAAGUCUCAACAUGGCCGACUCACCACUUCAGAUUACCCCUCUCUCGGUUAUGCAAGGUAUUACUCAAUGAUCGUAUCUGUACUGUAUAUAAAAUGGAUGAUUACGUUUUUUAUAAAGCAUAUAUAAAAAAAAAUAUAUAUAUAUAUAUACAUAUAUAUAUAUAGGAAAUAUAUCUGGAAAAAAUGAUAUAAUGGCUGUAUGAAACCUAUCGCCCUGUAUUCAGUAGUGACUGUUCUCUCAUGAUUUCUUUGUCUUUGUGUCAGAGUGUGUCUUGCUGUAUGAUGUAAGUGUGCGAAUUAUCAGUGGGAGGAGCUUACGAAGAAGUGUCGCUACGAGUUCUUCUCACAGGUUCUUGGGUCCAAUUUCAGACUUCUCUCUUCCCUUCCAUGCUGUCCUCCUCUUUUGACACCACCUUCCUGUGUGACACUGUGUAGCCUAGAGUAUAGAGGGUGCUGUUAUAAGAAGUGUGUGUGUGUGUGUGUGUGUGUGUGUGAAUGAUAGAUUGAUCCGACCCGCGCUAUGUGGCUGUUUGGUGUAAACACUGUAGCUCCUCUCUGCUGCUGCUCUGCAUCAUUUCACUGAUAUCAUGUGAUAAUGUGAAACUGCUCCAACUGAUUGCCGAUUCCUGUCCAAUCACUUCCUUUUUAGUUGCCAUGGAUUCGUGCCAGUGAGGAGUCAGUACUUUUGGCUGCCCUCAUUCAGUGAAAACACACAAUAUGAACCAAGUGAAGUGCUGAAUAGGUGUACAAUUGUUUCUUUAUUUUAUUUUUUUAUUUUAUUUUUUUAUUUUCCAAGGUGUCUAAAAGGUGUAAUGUGCUAUGUGGCAGCUAUGAGUACUGUGUCUUUAUUCCAGGUGUGAAACAAUGCUGACAUAUCAAGAUUUUAUUAUUUGGCUAUUUUAAAAAAAAAGUACUGUAUCUAUGACACUAUAUCGACAUGAGUAAAGCUGUUUUUUAAAGAA